CCCGGCUGUUCCACACGGUCAUAUUUGCCACGAUCCGACCUACAACGCGACUGCCUGCGAAGAUCUCCAGUCGUCCCUUGCUCUCCUCGAGCUCAGUAAGUAGCAUUGGAGAAACUCCGCACUCAUUGUGCAUCCGCAGUGGCUUAAGCGUCGAAGCUUCGAUCAUCCCUCCGACUUCAUGUCCCCGUUCUUCCAGGAUGCGACCUGCGAUCCGUUCACUCCCCGAAAUGAGCCGUGUCUUUCUGGGAAUUACGUCGAAUACGCGAUCAAUGUCGCGAAUGUGGACGAUAUCAAGGCGGGUCUGUUGUUUGCGCAAGAAGAGAGCAUCCGGAUAGCAUAAAGCGGAAGUGGGAUCCGGACAGCUUGCUGUAUGCGGAGACUGCUG